CGUUAGAUCUGUAUUGUGCAUGUGUUUCUUUCACUGUGGAAAGCUUUACUCAUAUUUUUGCCUUGAAAUUAGUUUUAAUUGUUGAUUUUUCACAACUUCAAACCAAUUACAAGAUGGUGCAGUCUUGUUGUGCUAUAAACUGUACGACCAGAAGAGAAAAAGGGGUGAAAUUAAAAUUUCUGAGUAUACCCAAGGAUCCCGCAAGGAGGAAACAGUGGUUAGUUGCCAUAAGAAGGGAGAAUUUUAAUCCGAGUGAUAGGACAGUUAUAUGCGAAAAUCACUUUACAAAGGACGAUUUUGAGCUGAAUGUACAUGGAAAUACAGUUCUCAAGAAAACUGCAGUGCCUUCUGUUUUUAAUUUCCCCGUACAUUUACAGCAAAAAGUAGUAAUAAGGAGACCUUUAAAACGAAAGAUAUCUGAUAACAAAGAACAUGAUGCUAUUGCCAGUACAUCAGGCAUAAAUACUGAACCAGUAUUAGGAGUUAUGUCAAGUGAAUCUGUCAGUGCUGAAAAUGAGGAUAUAGAUUCUGAGCAACCUACUACUACAUCUCAAAUGGAAUUCCCUAAAAGAAGGAGAAGAGAUCAAAUUUUCUUUGGGGACUUCAAAGAAAGUGAUUUAGAUGAUGUGCAGAAGAGAAAAAGAUUUUGGAAGGUAGCUCAUCAUACUAUAGCAAAGUCUAGGAGAAAUAUCAGGUAUUAUCAGUGCAUAGCCAGAAGACAAAAGAAGAAGAUAAAAAGCCUUAAUUUAUUGUUGGACGAAUUGAUGGAAAAAGAGAAAAUUUCAUCACAGCAGCUCAUGGUAUUGAAGUAUUCCUGA